UUUUGGCUGGCCAUAAUUUGCCGCCAUACUCGCAAAAUGUCUCAAUCACAAAUUCAAAUUGAGUCGGUCAGAAACCGGGAAGCUACGCAAGAAUUUAAUUUAAUCGCAGUUGAUCUUGCAAUUCGCCGAGUUUCGAUAGAUUACAAUGGAACCAGGAGCCCCAGGAACCUUUGCACAGUCAAACAUACCUGUUAUACAUUUGCAAGAAUCAACAUCUCAAUUCCAGCUAGAUGACAAAGAUGAAUUGCAGCAGCCAAAACAACAUAUUAUGCACGGAAGGCAUCAGCAGCAUUGGGACGAUCAUUCAAGUCAGCAAGAACAGUUUGAGCAAAAUCAGUCCAAGCGUCCAGAACAGCGUCAGCAACAUGUUGAUGAGCAGAGAAACUCUGCAGAGUCAAACUCAUUUGCUCUACAUUUACAACAAUUUACUUCUCAACCGCAAGGGGAAAAUCAAAGGUAUCGGCUGAAAGAUAACAAACAUGAACAACAGCAGGAGCAGGAAAAAAAACUAAUGGAGGGAGAGCUGCAACAGCAGCAAAACCAGCAGGAGGACCAUUCAAAUCAGCAAGAACUGUUUCAACAAAGUCAGCCCCAGCAUGUAGAGCAGGGUCAACCGCAUUUCAAUGAGCAGAGUGAGAAUCUGUGGCUGGAAACCCUUCAGGUACAACAACAGCAACAGAAAGAAGAACAAGAGCAGCAUCCACAUCAAGAGAAGCAACAAUAUAUGCAGCAGUCCUUGCAAACUCAUCAGCAGUUACAACAGCUACAGCUCCAGCCUCAGGUGCAACAGCAGCAAUUUAAUCAACAGUCACUGCAGGCUGUCACCAGUGGACAAUACACCUCUCGUUCUAUUACUUUUUCUUAUUUGGUAGAAACGAUUUUGCCCCAUCUUUCAAGAGAAAAGGCAGAAUGCGUUUCUGCAAUAUUAUUGAAGUUCAAAAGGAAUGAGAUAACCAAGAACGAUUUUGUAAGUGGUACAAGGAAAGUGGUUGGAGAUCAAAUACUUGUGCAAACGGUUAAGCAAAUCCAGAAAAAGGCAACGUUAGCAACUUCUUCAACUGCAACAUUGCAUCACACAUUGUCUGCAUUUGGUGGACCUAUUUCAGGUGGUCAUUCCUCAGGGGAUAUGUUGCAGGAGCAAAUGUGCAUUCAGAUGCCUUCAGCACCACCUUCCUCAGCAGUUGGUCCUGAGAUCAGUACAUCAGAAAAGGUACCAUUGUUUGGACAAAACAAUUGUUACGAGUCAUGUCCUUCAAAUCAACCACCAAGGAAAAAACAAAAGGUUUCUGGAGAUUACUUAGAUCAACGUGUUGACCCACUUAAUGAUAUUACUACUAUCAGUGGAGUGAACCUAAGGGAAGAGGAAGAAAAGCUUUUUGCUGGACCUAAAGAUGAAAGCUGUGUAGCAGAGGCAAUAAGAAAAGUUGUGCAAGAAGAGGAGGAGAGAAUAUUUUUACAAAAGGGACCACUGCGUGCAAAAAUAGCCGGAAUCAUGGCAAAGUAUGGUAUCAAAUAUCUUAGCACUGACAGUGAGCGCUGCUUGUCACUGUGCAUUGAGGAACAUUUACGAACUGUGAUAGGCCAAUUGAUCAGAUUGUCUAAACAGCGGGUUGAUCUUGAGAGGGUCAGCCAUAAGGUUGUUUUAACAUCAGAUAUACAACACCAAAUUCUGGCAGUGAAUAAAAAAGUAAAGGUGGAUUUGGAGAAGAAACAGGCAGAAGAGGAAGAAAAACUACAGAAAUUAUAUGGGAAAAGCUUGACAGAGAACAAUGCUAGUACCGAGGGAGAAAAGGAUGAAAGCCAUGCAAAAAUACAGAGGACAUAUAAAGAAUACGAUGAAAUGAGGUCAAAUGCAGCAAAUGCUGCAGUAAGAGCUGCAAUUGGAGGCGAUGACAUGUUAUUGAAAUGGCAACGGAUGGCCGAGCAAGCUCAACAAAAGCACAAAGGUACAUUGUAUCAAGCAUCCAACACUUGCACUAAUAGAGAUGUAAGUAGGAAAAAUAUGGUUGGCAGGUUGGAGGCAGGAAAUGAAUUUGAUCGUCUAGAUGCUCCCUCAACUGGGAUAAUACAAAAUUUAGGGAGAGAAUACCCAAGUUCACAGUGUACUCAGACAGAGCCUGUCCAUACAAUAUGUGUAAAAGAUGUAAUUGCUUUGCUGGAGCGGAAGCCGCACAUGACUAAAUCGACUUUACUUUAUUGCUUGUAUGAGAGAUAUGAAGAAUGCAAUAAGGAAAAACCAUUUUAAAACUAGAGUAAUGAUGACAUGUCAAAAUGAAGUUCAAAUGAUUAGAUUUAAUCUUUUAUUAAUA